CGCGAACUUCUCACUCCGGGGAGGAACUCUCAGAGGACUGCAAUCUUCGACUCUUCGCAAAUCACACAAACACAGGCCUGUCCAGGUUCAGUAACGAGAGAUAAACAGUCGAAAGAACCUCCACCCUCCUCACGUCUCUCCUCAGAAUGGACGACCCAACCCCCAAAAAGCGGCGCAAAACAACCGCCACGCCCCGUGCCAAAGCCGGCCGGGGGGUGACACCCAUCCCAGACAACGCCAAUCCCAUUCCCAGCUCCACCUCCGCCGUAGCACCAGCAUCGAUAUCCACAGGGCAAAACGAUAUAGUAACAGCUAAAGGCGAGGCGACGGGGGUGGCGGAGGGGGAGGGAGAGAAGGGGCAGAAGAAGGAUGCAGGGGCGGAGGAAGAGGAGGAGGAAGAGGAUUCGUUUGAGGAAUUUACGUUCACACGGAGUUUGGUGAAUAAGGUUGCUGAGCGGGGGAUCUUUUUUUUCAGCGCGCUGUUUGCGACAUUCACACCGGAAGAACAAGCACGGUACGAGGUGUUUCGGAGGGCGAAGAUCCAGAAGGGGAGUAUGCGGAAGCACAUCUCAACCCUCUGCGGCCACACCAUCCCCGAAUCCUCCGCCACCGUCGUCGCGGGCGUUGCGAAGUUGUUCGUGGGGGAAAUGACUGAGCGUGCACGAGAAGUAAUGGAAGACUGGAACGACACGGGUGCGAUCCGGCCAGACCAUAUCCGCGAGGCGUAUCGGCGGUAUAAACGGGAUCCGGCGGCGCUUGGGCCGAAGGGGGUUGCGGGGAGGUUGUUUUGAUGUGUGGUGGGUUUGUUAGGUGUGUAUAGCAUUUUUGGAAACGUGCAAGUUCUGAUUGUGGGACGUUGGGGGGUGGGAUUAGUUGGGGGCAAGGGGGAUGAUGACAGGAUGAAGGCGUAUGGGCUUGCGGGGAGUAUGUGGGAAAGCUGCAUCUUUGAAAACGGCCGGAAUGGAUAUAUACCCGAGUAGAAGCAUGCACCUGCAAGAGCCAGUGAGAUACGGCGUACAUCUUCAUACUGGACGUAAACUCAUAGCGCCUCCGGCCCCCCCGUCGCUUGUUUGUUGUUGGCGCACUCUGACGAGGGUCCGUG